GUGUUGUGAGUCUACGCGAGUUUAAAAUACAAGAUAAUUGAUAUUACACGUCAAGUGUAGUCAAAACAGUUAACAAUGGGAAAAACAAAGAAUCCUAAAUUCAAACGGUCGCAGUUUUCUCCCGACGGUCUUGCAGCAACUGCUGUUAAAAACACUGUUGAAGAAGCAGAAGAUGAAGAAGACUCUCCGGCAGCUGAGCUACUGGAAAAAUUGCAGAGUCCCUCAGCAGAUGUGCGCGAGUAUGCCUGUGCCAGUAUCUCUCGGAUUGUCCAGGAGAAUCAAACCUUACCAGGAUUCCUCCAAAGAGAUGCAGUGAGGAAAAUUGGACCUUUAUUGCUUGAUCACAGCCUGACGGUCAGAGAAACUGCUACAGGAGCGCUCAGGAAUCUCAGUGCCAGUGGAGGUCCUGAAGUAUGUGAGGACAUGGUGAGACAGGAUGUGCUGACGCCUCUGUCUGCUCUCCUGAGGGAGUGCUGUGCAGGCUUUGGCGUGAACUCUCCUUCUAAGAAAGGACAGAAAACCUCAGUGGAAGAUGUCGCCAAUGAAGCAGUCAAUUUACUUUGGAACCUCUGUGAGAGCAGCAGCACAGCAGUGUCCGUGUUUAACAAGGCUGGACUUGUGGAUGUUCUUCUACAAUGUCUACAAAAGCACCCUCAGAAUAUGGAGCUGGCAAUAUCAGCAGCCCACUGUUUGCACACAGUAACAGAGGAGAACUCAGAGCUGAUACGCAGUGGGAAUGCAGCUGUGUUUGGGGUCUUGGACAACAUUCUGUCUUCCACACACACCAGUAUGGAGAACAUUCUCCUGCGCACACUGGCUGCAGGAUCUUUAUGGAAUCUGAAAAACGGUCUGUCCUCAGCUCAGCAGUCUCACACACUGACCGCACUGGCCAGCACACUGUCACACAGCCUCAGUCUGGACGCAGGAGAGCUGAUCCCACAACUGUGGCGAGCUGAAUCUGCCCGUCUGUCUAAAGACACCACAUCUGUCACAGAGACACAUCACACAGACCAGCGGCCUGCAGGGCUUCAGGUCGAAGAGAUGGAGGAGGAAUUGAAUGAUCAGAAGAGGAAUGGAGGAAAGCCUAAUGUACAAAUGUCAAGAACCAAAAACGACAUCUCCGAUCUGUUGCCUCGAGACCGACUGGAGUUGCGAGAGGCUAAAGCACUGCUGUCAGCACAGCAAACGUCUCUGGAGAUCAUCGUCAACAUGUGCUGCUCUGAUGAGCCCUCUGAUGAUGAAUGGGAGGAGAUGUCCAGCAGCGAUGAGAGCGAAAUGUGUGCUGAUGGGAUGUCAGACACUAAUUCCAGCUUGUUCUCUCCUCUCUGUCUGUCUGCUGAACUUCACACAGUCCUGCUCAACCACAGCAUGCCUCAACAGGUGUUGAAGAAGGCUGAGUUCCCUAGUGCUGCUGCACUUGAGCUCUGUAGCAAAGAUUCUUCUUGGAAAUGCCUCUUGAAAAAGAUGCAGCGGGUGCAGUGUCGGGCACUGACAUGUCUCCAUAAUAUCCUCUCCUCUAUGGACACAGAUUCUCUUGGUGGCGCUUCAAGUCUGCAGGCUGUGGCUCAGCACCUCUCCUCACUGGUCUUCAGCUCGGCAGAGGUUUUAAAGGAUGAGGAGUUCCUGGAGGCUGUGACCAGUGCUCUCCGAUCUCUGCUACAGAUCAUGGCUACCAAAAACAUCUCUCAGUGUAUGACUCCACACCAGCUAAUGGGUUUUUGUGAGGCUGCCACCAGCUGCGAUCUGGUCAGUGUGAAGGUUAACGCUCUGGCCAUUCUUGGAAUCACAGGAAGCUCACUUGCCAAAGACAAAAACACAGCAGACACUCUGCAGCUGAUUGGAAAUGCAUUACUAAAUGUAGCAACAAAGGACGCAAACCUGGUAGUGUGUGGGGAAGCUCUUGAUGCUCUCUUCGACGUGUUUGCCGAUGGCGAUGAAGCAGAGAAAGCUGCAAAAAAUAUUGACCUGCUUUCUUCUCUCAAAGCCCUUCAACCAGGGUUUAGAGCCAAGCUGCGAAAAGAAGGCAAAGGAAAAUACAGCCCUGAUCAGCUUUGCGUUCUGGACAACAUAAGGAUCAACCUGAAGAGAUUUAUCGGCUACUUGGAGAACCUGCAAAGAAAAUGAGAUUUAAGUGAUCAGCAGAGCAACUCUUAUUUAGCAUUUCCUGUUUAUAAUCCUUUUUGGUUUUAUUUUUAUGUGAGAGUGUUUAUGUGAGGAAAUGAAGACAUAAAAUAAUGUUUGUAAAACCAAACAUAUGAGUGCUUUAAUUAAAGCAUUAACUAUCA